GUUGCAGUGUCGGUGUGAAAUGGGGUGAUCUUGGAAUGGGAAAACAGUUUAGGCAUGCUGGGCUAUCGUCUGAGGAUGUGAUGAAGAUUAUUCCACAUGAGCUGUACGCUGGUAUCGACCCUUCAGCUGGUCUUGCUGAGACAGAGGAUGAGCUUUUCAUGCAGAAACACGACGGCGACAGAGAGUUGGACGGCUCUGUUUGAGGAGCCAGGAGAGUUCUUAGAGACUUUGGAACUGCUGUUGGAUCUUAAAGAUUGCUUUCUGUCACGUCAUGAUGGACGAAUGGUGUUUCGGAUGGAGGCCCCCAUAUUCGAUGAUAGACCUCCCGAAAGAUAUACAAUUGGAGGUAUUAUCAGAGUGGAAACGAGGAUCUAAUAAGCUUGACGAGGUAGUGCCACCUUGAAACACUGAAGCACAGGCCGUCAUGGUUUAGGGAACGCCACUUGAAAGC